AUUACUAUGCAAGGUGACAAAAAAAUAGAAAGAAGUAAAAAAGAGAAUCAAAUCUUAAAUUUUAAGAAGAAAAGAAAAAACAGCAUCAACCAAAAAUAAUAAUUUAUCAAGGACAGAACUAUAAGAGCCCAAAUCAUCACCUCCUUUCUCUGCCUACUUCUCUCUUUUUUUUUUAACUCGAGAAGUUUAUAAUCUGGUUUCUGAUUUUAGUUUUCUUUCCAUUUAUGGGUUCAUUUGCUUCUUCUUGCACGUUAUAGUUUUCCUAAUUGGGUAAGCUCCAAGGUAGCUUCUUCAAUAUUAAUUUCAUUUUUUUCAUUUUCUGUAGCCAUAUGUUUAUUUUCCCGAGAAAUAUUAUCCACACCCAGAUCUUUAAAUCUCUUUUAACUCUGAGUCUCUGAUACUUAAAUACCACUCAUGCUGCUUAUUAGCUCCACCAAAUCUGGAAAACCAAUAGAUUCUUUUUAUUUCUUCUGCAAAAAUCUCAGAGCUACCCUAAAAAUUCUCUCUUUUUGACUCACUUACCAGAUCUCCACUAGAUUUUACUCAAUUCUUUUUCAAAAGGUUUAAACUUUUAUAGAUUCCUUGAAGUGGGUCUAAGCAAUGCUUCAGAGAAAUUCCGAUGAUUUCUUCUCUAACCAAAAUAAAAAUGAAGUAUCAUUUGAUAGUGAUUUUUGUGUUCUUCUUUUGAUUCUCUUAUCUCUUCCUUCCCAUCAAUAAACCCAAAAAAAUUAAUAUCAUUUUUGGGAUCUUAUUGAUCCCAAAAUUCGUAAAUCCGUUGACCUUUGUCGGCAUGAUUUGUUCUUACUUACCGUAAAAAAAACAGAGCUAGGUUUUAGUUUUCGGACAUGGAGGUUAUGAGACCGUCGACGUCACACGUGUCAGGUGGGAACUGGCUCAUGGAGGAAACUAAGAGCGGCGUCGCAGCUUCUGGUGAAGGUGCCACGUGGACGGCGGCAGAGAACAAGGCAUUCGAGAAUGCUUUGGCGGUUUACGACGACAACACUCCUGAUCGGUGGCAGAAGGUGGCUGCGGUGAUUCCGGGGAAGACAGUGAGUGACGUAAUUAGACAGUAUAACGAUUUGGAAGCUGAUGUCAGCAGCAUCGAGGCCGGUUUAAUCCCGGUCCCCGGUUACAUCACCUCGCCGCCUUUCACUCUAGAUUGGGCCGGCGGCGGUGGCGGAUGUAACGGGUUUAAACCGGGUCAUCAGGUUUGUAAUAAACGGUCGCAGGCCGGUAGAUCGCCGGAGCUGGAGCGGAAGAAAGGCGUUCCUUGGACGGAGGAAGAACACAAGCUAUUUCUAAUGGGUUUGAAGAAAUAUGGGAAAGGAGAUUGGAGAAACAUAUCUCGGAACUUUGUGAUAACGCGAACGCCAACACAAGUAGCUAGCCACGCCCAAAAGUACUUCAUCCGGCAACUUUCCGGCGGCAAGGACAAGAGACGAGCAAGCAUUCACGACAUAACCACCGUAAAUCUCGAAGAGGAGGCUUCUUUGGAGACCAAUAAGAGCUCCAUUGUUGUUGGAGAUCAGCGUUCAAGGCUAACCGCGUUUCCUUGGAACCAAACGGACAACAAUGGAACACAGGCAGACGCUUUCAAUAUAACGAUUGGAAACGCUAUUAGUGGCGUUCAUUCAUACGGCCAGGUUAUGAUUGGAGGGUAUAACAAUGCAGAUUCUUGCUAUGACGCCCAAAACACAAUGUUUCAACUAUAGCUAAUGAAGAUCCAUCUCUCUAAUUAAAAAGUGUAAGUUAAAUUCUUAAUUUUUCAUAUGGACGAAACAAUCAUAUUUGGCAAUUGUAUAAUAAACGUCCAUUGUUUUAAUUCCAAAUUGAAAUAGUUAAUAAAAGUCUCUUGACAGUGCCUAAGUUAUCUUUGAGUAAAAUU